AUGAUGGAAGUUUCCGAAAUACGAAGAGGUCAUUUCAGAGAUCAAGGCGUCGAAAUGCCUGGCCCGCACACGUUUUAUGAUGGGGCUACAAUGCUGCAACCGAUUGCCACAUACUUUGGGGUUCAAGUGGAUAGGAUCAAUUUCGUGCUAUGCAUGUUUUCAUCACUACCAUUAGCGUACGUAUUCAAACGUUUCUGUGCUCCAGGUGUCGUCACGCGUCAAACGCGUACCGUUUUCCCAUUAUUAAUUGGUGUUAUGUUCUGUUUUUUCUGUUUCGGACGGGCGUCCAAACAUCUUCUGUCUAACGCCCUUAUCAACUAUGCCAUUAUGUACUGCUCACCGCCGAAGCAUGUUCACAGGUAA